AUGGACGGUGGUGGGCCUUCGUCGGCGAGGGCGGAUAUCGCGGCAGCGACGAGGACAAGGGCGAGAGGGCCUAGCGCGGCAUCUUCCGUUCCUAGAACCCUGGGCAGCGGCCCCACCGUAAGGUAUAGGGAGUGCCUGAAGAACCACGCAGCCAGGAUCGGCGGAAAUGUGCUCGACGGUUGCGGCGAGUUCAUGCCUUGCGGCGAAGAGGGCACGGCAGAGGCCCUCAAGUGUGCCGCUUGCGCCUGCCACCGUAGCUUUCACAGGAAGGAAGUGGAAGGCGGAGAGGAGGCGGAGGGGCUGUUCCUCCCCCUUUCCUCGGCAUCACCGCCGCCAGGUGCACAACGCGGGGCUCUCCCUUGCUACUACAUACCAAGCGGCGUCGGCAAUGGGGCAUACCCUGGUGGCACCGGGAGGGGAAGCGGCAGCGGCGUUAGGAAUCUGCAUAACCCGCAGCCCUUAUCAUUACAGACGCCCUUCACCGCCGGUCGCCAGAAGCAGCACCCGCGGCUGGGAUUGUUACCGCCGGGGUCGGUUGGGACGGGGUUCAUUCCGUCCAUGUCGGGAGCGGUGAACUUUGCAAGCGCCCACGAUGAUGAAGAGAACAACUACAGCGGGGGGACUACCACUACCGAGUCCUCAAGCGGGGAUAUCCAAGCCAACAUGCUUGCGGCGGCGGGAGUGACGCCGUUCCGUCAGGUGGCGCAUACUUCCCACCCUUUCCAAUCUUCGCAUGCAGUUGGAAUGGGGGAGAUGCAGCAUUACCAGAUCGUGGGAGGGUCAGGGUCAGCGUCAGGGUCGGCGAAGAAGCGGCACCGGACCAAGUUCACGGCAGAGCAGAAGGAGAUGAUGGCGGAGUUUGCGGAGCGCGUGGGAUGGCGGAUGCAAAAGCAGGACGACGGAGCUUUGGAUCGCUUUUGUAGGGAUGCCGGGGUGAGCCGGCAGGUCUUCAAGGUGUGGAUGCACAACAACAAGAACGUUGUCCUCAAGUCCAAGCAGUCCCAAGGGGAGGACCAGCAGCAACAGGAGCAUCACCUAGACGAUCAGCCGCAGCCACAACCGCAGCCGCAGCCGCAGCCGCAGCCGCAGCAACCGUCGUCUUCUUCGUCCUAG